AUGGGUUAAUCUUGCAGUGUAAAUACUUGCUGUGCAAAAGAGGAAAUAUAAACGGUAAAGAAUUCUAAUCGUUCUAUUGAAAUCUCAGUGAAAAAAUCAAAACAUUCUUUAACUAAUAAAAAUACAAAUACAGGAUAAGUUGAAGAGGCGAAUUAAAAUGAAAUACAAAUAUAAUCUUAACAUAGCAAAGUAUCAAUUAAAGAGAUUGAAAAAAAUUUGAAUAGUCAAAGUGAAAAUUAAAAUAUACACCCUUUGAUUAAAAAAACUAUUGGGAAGCAAGAAAAACUAAAACUUCCUGUAAAGUUACUUAAUUAUAAUUGGUUAGAUGAUUCUCCUAUAAAAUGGUGCAACUUAUGAAGGAGAGUGGUUAGAUGGAAAGAGAGAAGGAUAUGGAAAAUAAUAAUGGCCAGAUGGUUCUGUUUAUGAAGGAGAAUGGAAAAAUGAUAAAUCUUGUGGAAAAGUUGUUAAAUUUAAUUAAUUAAAAGGGAAGACUGAUUCAUGCAGAUGGAGAUAUAUAUGAUGGAGAUUGGUUAGAUGAUUAAGCAAAUGGUUUGGGAUCUUAUACUCAUGAUAAUGGGGCCAAGUAUAUUGGAGAAGUAUUUAAUAUUAUUUAAUCUUAGUGGCUAAAUGAUAGAUAACAUGGAAGAGGAAUAGAAGAAUGGCCAGAUGGAGCUAAAUAUGAAGGAGAUUAUUAAUGUGGUAAAAAACAUGGUAUAGGUAAACUUAUAUUUGCUGAUGGAUCAAAUUAUUAAGGUAAUUCAGUGAUUUUAAAUUGAUAAGGAGAAUUUUAUUAAAAUGAAAUUUAAGGAUAAGGUACAUACUAAUGGUUAGAUGGAAGAGUCUAUGUUGGGUAAUGGACAAAUAACAAAAUGAAUGGAAUGGGACUAUUAAAAUUAAUUGAUGGCAAAACCUAUAAAGGAGUAAGUAAUCAAGAUAUUAAAAUUAUUUAGGAAUAUGACAAUGAUAAAAAACAUGGAAAAGGUGUUUUUAAAUGGGAAGAUGGUCGUAAAUAUGCUGGAUGUUGGAAAUAAAACAAAUAGCAUGGAGUUGGUAUAUAUAUAACAAGUCAAAAUGUGGAAAAGAUAGGAUAUUGGGAAGAGGGAGUAAGAAUUAAAUGGUAUGAAGAAAAAGAAAUAAGAUUGUUGGAGCAAUAAGGUGUGUUAGAUGAAUUUAGAAACCUAUGA